CACAUACACACACAACAUACACACAACACAACACACAGCACACACACACCACACACACAAUACACACUCUCUCUACCCACCCCCCCCCCAAAAAAAGUAUAAAAAAGUCUAAACAAUACGAACUCUGCCCUCACUUUGAAAAUCAGUGACCUAUCCAUAAUCGCAGCUUACAUAAGCAGUCUUAAACGUGGAUUUAGGAACGCUGGGCUUGUGGCAGUGCAAUCUAAACCACCCCCGCCGCCUCCCUCCUCCGUUAUAAAGGCAGCCAGCCCUGCUCCGGCUCUAGGUAACAUCAUCAUCAUCAUCGUCGUCGUCGUCGUGGGCAUGCACUUGGAUAUUCCAAUCACGGUAAUGGGACUCGGAUCCUCCCGCCAGCUAUAAGGGGGUCAAUUGGCACGAGACUUCAUCAUCCCCCUGGGAGCCGGUAAUGGGGUCAGUGGCCAGCAGGAGCACUCUCGGCGGAGGGGAGCCCGGCGCACGCGCUCAGCCGCAGCAGCAGGAGCAGCAGCAGGAGCAGCAGCAGGAGCAGCAGCAGCAGGAGCAGUCACACAGCAGAACUCUACGACUCGCAAAUCGCUGAGACCACCACCACCACCACCGCCGCCACCACCACCACCAUCACCGCCGCCACUGCCACCACCGCCAAAACAACCACCACGAAGCACCACCACCACCACCACCAUCCUGGAGCCGUAACGCUGGCGUCCUCCUCGUGAUGCUGGGAGUCGUGGCCAACACUGGACCUCGAGUCCCCGUCGUCCGGGUUCGAGUCCCGGUGCGGCUCGCUGUGGCUUGGCCCACGCUGCUGCUGCUGCUGGGUCUGUGUCUGUGCGGCCCCCGCCGGGCGCUGGCGCAGUACGACGUCUGUAAGAGCACCGUGAGCUGGGACUCGAAGCUGCUGGCGCCCGCCUGGGAGUACUCGGCGUGCCAGCCGCCCACCGCCGACCUGGGCCGCUUCGUGCGCGUCAGCCUCGAGCCGCCCGACAUCACCUGCGGGGACCCGCCCGAGCGCUUCUGCACCCUGGAGAACCCGUACAUGUGCAACAACGAGUGCGACGCUGGCACGGGCGACCUAGCGCACCCCGUGGACCUCAUGUUCGACUACGAGGGCCGUAACCGGCCCACGUACUGGCAGAGCGCAUCGUGGCGGCACCACCCGCGGCCGCUGCAGGCCAACCUCACGCUGUCGUGGAACAAGAGCGUGGAGCUCACCGAGGACGUGGUGGUCACGUUCGAGUACAGCCGCCCCAAGGCCAUGACGCUGGAGAAGUCGCUGGACUACGGGCGCACGUGGCAGCCGUACCAGCACUACGCCGACGACUGCGUCGACGCGUUCGGCAUGGAGGCGCGCAGCAGCCGCGAGCUCGACAAGUCGGCGGUGACCGCGGUCAUCUGCACGGAGGAGUACUCGCGCGCGUACGUGUGGGAGGACGCCAAGACGGUGCGCUUCGAGGUGACGGACCGCUACGCGCUGUACGCGGGCGCCGACAUGCAGAACCUGGCGUCGCUCUACGGCCGCCUGGACACCAACCGAGGCCUGCGCGACUUCUUCACGCUCACCGACCUGCGCCUGCGGCUGCUCCACCCGGCGACGGGCGGCACCUCCGUGGACACGGCCAAUCUCAGCAAGUACUUCUACGCCAUCUCCAACCUGCGCGUCAGAGGCAGGUGCAAGUGCAACCUGCACUCCAACACGUGCCUCUUCAACGACGGGCGCCUCGCGUGCGACUGCGAGCACAACACCAUGGGGCCCGACUGCAGCCGCUGCAAGAAGGGAUUCCGCGGCGGCGCGUGGAGGCCGGGCUCCUACCUGCCCUACCCAUCGGGCACCGCCAACCCGUGCCAGUCGAGUGACACUAAGCACUGCGAAUGCCACGGCCACUCGGAGCGCUGCAGUUACAUCAAACUGCUAAACCUUGUCGUGUGCGUGAGCUGCAAGCACAGCACGCGGGGACAGCACUGUCAGUACUGCCGGCCGGGACACUACCGCAACGCGUCGCUCCCGCUCAGCCACGAGAACGUGUGCAUCGCGUGCGAGUGCAACCCGUUCGGCUCGGCGAGCGAUCGCUGCAACGGCACGGGGCAGUGCGAGUGCAAGGAAGGCGCGAGCGGACUCAAGUGCGGCGAGUGUCUGGCCGGCUACUACUGGAACCGCGGCUGCCAGCAGAACGCGUGCGACGAGGAGCUGCUGCGCUGCCAGAACGGCGGCGAGUGCCGCGACCGCCAGCGCUGCGCUUGCGCGCCCGGCUACUCGGGCGCGCUCUGCGAGGAGCGCAGCGGCUGCCGCGGCCGCGGUGCCGGCUGCGGCGGCUCGGGAACGACGCCGCGCCCGGACCCCGGCGGCCUCCUGCUGGCGCUGCUGCUGGCGGCGCCGCUGCUGGUGGCGCUGCUGGUGCAGUCUACGACCCAGGAGUUGCCGCGCGCCGCUGCUGCCCCUGCGUCGGCCUGAGCGCCCAGAGGCACGAGCGAGAGGGCCGCGAGUGAGCGCCGCGCCCGCUGAGAGGCUGGGACGCGGUCGCACGGACGAGCGGGGUUCUGAGUCAAGCGGAGCCGCUGAGAAGUCGCCACUUUAGGGCUCCCCAGCUAAGUGCUCCCGCUGCCCAGCCCGGGGGGUUGUACGUGACAAUCUGCCCCUCUCCUUCCCCCCACCAAAUCCAACAACCCCCCCCCCCCACCUACCCACCCAAGUCCCAAAUACCACCAGGGAAUCGCGCUCGCAGAGUGUGGCCGGUUCAUAUCAGGGUCCUCUUAAUGGAUUUUCUGUGUUCUCCAGCCUACGACGCAACCAGCGAGCGACCGAGCGA